AUGAGCCUCCACUCAGCUCGGAGAGGGCAUUUCUGCCACUCUGGUGAGUCCAACUGCACGGCUGGGUUCAAGGAGUCCCUGAGCGCUCGCAACUACAAGAUACUGCAUGUGCCUUUCCACGGGCCGACCCACAGCCACCAACACCAUGAGCCUCCUCACCCCUUCCCCACCGUGGAUGUUCCUGACCAUGCUCACUACAUCAUCGGCUCAAUCAUUCUCAUGGUGGGCAUCACGGGCAUGAUUGGUAAUGCGCUAGUCAUCUAUGUCUUCUGCCGCAGCCGCUCACUGCGCACCCCGGGCAAUAUGUUGGUGGUCAACCUGGCCGUGGCUGACUUCUUCAUGUCCCUUACUCAGUCGCCUGUCUUCUUUGUGGCCAGCCUGCAUCACCGCUGGGUGUUUGGGGAGAAAGCUUGCGAGCUGUAUGCUUUCUGUGGGGGCUUGUUUGGGAUCUGCUCCAUGAUGACCCUGAUGGCAAUAGCUGCUGAUCGCUGCCUCGCCAUAACCCGGCCUCUUGCUCUGCUGGGCAGGGUAAGCCGUAGCAGGGCAGGGGCGGUGCUGGCUCUGGUGUGGCUCUAUGCUCUUGGCUGGAGUUUACCUCCCUUCUUCGGCUGGAGCGCUUAUGUCCCAGAAGGUCUCCAAACCUCAUGCUCUUGGGACUACAUGUCCUUCACGCCAUCGGUACGUACCUACACCAUCCUCCUAUUCAUUUUUGUCUUCUUUAUCCCUUUGGGAAUCAUCGGUGGCUGCUACCUGGCCAUAUUCCAGGCUAUCCGAUCAGCUCGGAUGGAGGUGAAGGAGCUUGACUGCGGGGAAACGCACAAGAUGUUUGAACGCAUGCAGAGUGAAUGGAAAAUGGCCAAGGUUGCCCUCCUGGUCAUCUCACUCUUUGUGAUAUCCUGGUCACCUUAUUCCGUUGUGGCUCUCACUGCCACUGCUGGCUAUGCCCACCUUCUCACCCCUUAUAUGAACUCUGUGCCUGCAGUGAUCGCCAAGGCUUCUGCCAUCCACAAUCCCAUAAUCUAUGCCAUCACGCACCCCAAGUACCGAGCAGCUAUUGCCCGCUAUGUGCCCAUACUCCGCAUAAUUCUGUGCGUUGGUGAAAAGGACAUGCGCUCCUCUUUUAGCUCUGGCAGUGGCUCUUCCUCUCGCCGGACGACUCUCACCAGCCAAUGCUCCCUGGGUGUCUGCAUUGGCAAUGCUGCCCGUGCCAAUGGCCGCUGGGGGAAGACCCGGCUGUCAUCGGCCUCGGACACCGACUCCUGUUGGACAGAGAGUGAGGCAGACGGCUCCAGUGUCAACUCACUACCUUUCGCCAGACGAGUGUCUACAGAGAUUUCAACAGACACUGCCAUCCCUCCACAGCAGGCUAGCACAAGUGCUUGCAGUGGGCAGAAAGUGGGGCAGGCUGAAUGGGUUGGCAGCAUGCCCGUGCCCUCCAUUACUCUUGAAGCAGAUGUUUCAGACGGAAGCAUGCUUUCUGACGGUAAAGCUUUCCUCCUGUCAGGUAACUGA